GAACAUAAAUUGGAAAUGACAGUUGUCAAAAACGCGGUUAAAAAUCAAAUUUGUUUUGACAUCAUUUCGUUUUCUUCAUAUAAAUAUAUAAGUAUAUAAAUAUUGUAAUUAAACAUGGAAACAAUGGAUUUCUCUGGUUUUGAUUCAGAUUUUGAUGACCCAUUCGAUGAAUCGACCUCUGAGGAUACAUUUGUGGAGAGAACUCAGAAUGUCAUCAACGAUGAAAAUGCCCCCCAAAAAGAGCACUUAUUUUGUCUUAGCAAACAAUUUGGCCACAAGGAGUUCAGACCAAUGCAGUGGUCAAUAAUAAGCUCUAUUAUCAACGAAAAAAGAGAUAAUUGCUCGAUUAUGGCAACAGGUUAUGGGAAAUCGUUGUGUUAUCAAUUUCCUCCUGUGUUUUUAAAAGGAAUUGCCAUUGUUGUUUCACCAUUAAUUUCUCUAAUGGAAGAUCAGGUUUUAUCAUUAAAAGUAACAAAUAUAUCAGCUUGUAUGUUGGGUUCUGCCAAUACUAAACAAGCUAAAACUGUUGAUGAUAUAUUUGAGAAUAAAUACUCUAUAAUUUACUGCACACCUGAGUUUGUAACAGGGGAUUAUGGCAGUGAUUUAAUUAAGCGAAUAAAGCAGAACUUAAACAUUGUGUUAAUUGCCAUAGAUGAAGCUCAUUGCGUCAGUUCUUGGGGGCAUGAUUUUAGAGUCAAGUAUAGGGAGUUGGGUUGUUUGAAAAAAAUGUUGCCAGAUGUUCCUAUAUUGGCUGUAACAGCCACUGCCACCAAUAAAGUCCGGAAUGAUAUUAUAAAAUCAUUGAACCUAAAGAAUCCUUUGCUGUCCUGUUCAGGGUUUGAUAGGUCAAAUUUGUAUUUUGCUGUCUAUAUGAAAAGUUCAUUGGGUGUUUUUCAAGAUAUAAGGAAAUAUGUUAUGGAAAUUACUGAUAAUGGUUGGAAGUUUACUGGGUCCACCAUACUUUAUUGCAUUACCAGGAAGGACACUGAAGAAAUAGCAAAUGUUUUACAAUCUCAUGGCGUGAACUGCCUUCCCUAUCACGCCGGUCUGCCCCUAAAAGAGCGCAAAGAAACGCACGCGAACUUCCUGAAAGACAAAGUGGACUGCAUAGUGGCCACCAUAGCGUUCGGAAUGGGCAUCGACAAGCCGGACGUGCGAAAUGUGGUGCAUUACGGCACUUCGGGCAGCAUCGAGGCCUACUACCAGGAGGUGGGACGUGCGGGAAGGGACGGUCUACCGUCCAAGUGCGUUUGCUUCUACAGUAACGCCGAUUUUGUCAAGCACAACUUUUUGGCUGAGAAAGGACAUGGAAGCAAAAACUUGCGUAAAAAUUUGCUGGACAUAAUGAAAGAAUAUUUGAUUACUACAGGAUGUAGAAGAGAGUUCAUUUUGACGCAUUUUGAAGGAAGUUCAGUAAAGGUGCCAUAUUAUACUUUGUGCUGUGAUAAUUGUACAAGAAAAAAAACCUGUCCAGACGAAAAUUACGAAGGCGUAGACGACAAGGGCUUCUACGAUUUCACAGAGGACGGGAAAAUUUUCCUGAAAACCGUCGAAAUAAUGGACGGAAAUUUCGGUAUUACGAACUACCUAUAUUUUCUGCGCGGUUCCAAGAACGCGAAACUGUUCAAAAAGUACCAGGAACACCCGCAACACGGAUGGGGCAAACACAAAAGUGAAGCUUGGUGGAAAGCAGUCUCAAAUAUUCUGAUAAAGGAGAAAUACUUGGAUAAAGCUGACAAAAAAACUCAAUAUGGAACAUUCUAUACAUAUCACCUCAGUGAAUUGGGUAGAAUGUUCCUACAAAAACUUGAAUAUGAUAAUGCGUGCCUAAAAUUCGAACCCACAAGUGAAGUAAUUCCUAUGUUAAAAAAGAAAACUAACGCCUCACUAUCAUCAACAUUCGGUGCAGAUACAAGACUAAACAACUUAUUAAACAAACAAAAUUCCGAAAUCUCAAAUAAGGCUGAAUCAUCUUCAAUGAAAAAAGACGCAGAUAAAACAAUUGAUGAUUUAGAUGGCGAAGAUUCAAAAUUGUACAGACUUUUAAUGAAUAAAAGAUCCGAACUGGCAACGCAGCUGGACUGCAUGCCUUACAGUAUUGCCUCUAAUGCUGUACUAAUGGCAAUGGCAAAAAAUAAGCCUAGAAAUUUGGAACAACUAAAAAAUGUUGGCGGUUUUUCCGAAAACAAAAUCGAAACUUUUGGAAGAGCAUUUUUAAAAGUGGUACUAUUUUAUUUGGGCUUAAAUCAGGGCAUGGAAGAAAAAAAAUCUGAAGAUUCAAUUUUUAAUAUUUUGGAAAGACAUCCAAUUAUAGAAAAAAAAUUAGGUGCUACUAUGGAGACUAGCUAUAAUUUGUUUAAAGCUGGUAAAAGUUUAAGCGAAAUUGCAGCAGAAAGAAACCUAAAGGAAGGAACUAUAAUAAACCAUUUAAGUGAAGCCAUGAAAAUGGGGUAUGAAAUUAAAAUGGAAGCUUUAAAUGUUAUCCCUGUUGUGAGGGAUGUUAUUUUAAAAACUAUUAAAGCCAAAGGCUACGAAACACUCACAACUAUAAAAGAAGCUUGUCCACCAAAUAUAACUUUUGAAGAAAUUAAAAUUGUAAUGGCAUACGCUAAAAUACGAGAUCACUUAAAGAAUUUGGAUUUUCCUUAUACCGAAUUUGAGGAUUUAAGUUAUGAAGAAAUUUGUAGUAAUUUGGACACUAAAGCUCCAAAUUUAAAGACUGAAAAAGAUGAAUUACCUUCAACUUCCCAGCAAGAAGAUUGGGAUUCAGAUGCCACAGAUAUUUAUUCAGAUGGCGAAAAUACUCAGGAAAAAAGUAAAUCUUCAGAAUGUAAAUAUGAUUCUGAUGAAAAUCCCCAGAAAAAAUUAAAAAUCGAUGAUGAGUUCGGCAAUAUUUUGAAUGAUUUGGAAAAUAUGAAUGAGAAUGAGGAAAACAUUGAUAGCAAUAGAAAUCUAAAUUCUCAAGAAUCUCAUACACAAGUUUUAUCGCAAACACAAGAUUUCUCACAAAGUCUUGCUCCCAAAAAAGCAAAAAAAUUGCCACCCUGGAUGUGUUUAAAAAAAGUUUGAUUAAAAAUGUUGAAAAUAUCUGUUUUUUGUUUUAUGUAUUACUUUGAAUUUAAGAAUAAUGUUAUUAUUGUCUGUUUAAUAAAUUAAUUUGUUAGUACUUGAAAUACUGAUAAUAAAAUACUCAUUUUCUAGAA